GGCCACUCAACCUGGAUACUGAGCCGGGACAUUGAAAACCGAGUGAUGGUUAAAUCGGUAAUAUUAGGUCUUCAACAGAUGGUAUUUUUUCUAUGGCGCGAUUUAUAUAGAAGAUGUUAUUCUGGUCAUCUGGGUUAUAAAAACUGAACUGGGUGUGAAAAUAUGGCUAACAGGAAUUGGAUAUUAUUAUAACCGAAGCGUGCCGUAUUAUAAAUCCAGUCCUGUUGAACAGAUUAAAGAUGUCCAUUAACAGUUAGAGGAAUAUUAUCAGUUCCGAGUUCAACUUAAAGAAAGGUUUAUACCAUUUUCUGGUGUAAACAGUUUAUAGUGACGCUACAUAAUUCGUGUUUUAUCAUAAAUAAGAACAUAGUGUGCCUUGGUGCUAAGUUCACAAAAGCGAAGCCUCGUUUAAAACGAUUCCGAUAGCUGAGCAUGUAACUGGAAACUUGAAAAGCAGAUCACUUAAUGUAUAUUCCGUAUGGUUGUUCAGUCGUAAAUCUUAUUAUGAUGAACAGAUAUUUUGUUAACUGUCAUAAAUAGUUCGUGAAUGUUUUUAAAAAGACACCACGACAGUGUUUGGAAUCUUUGAAUUAAACUAUCAAGGGAUUUCUAUCCACCUUGACAUUUAAGAUAAAAGCUUCUUCAUUCAUCUUUGUCUUAUUGUGUUCUUUAUCGCUUCAUCACCGACAAUAGUAGGAUAUUUUACAUUGUGUUCUCAUGAGAAAAAUAUGAAUUUAGAUAAAUCACUAAACUAUGAGUUCGGGAUAUUCGUCAGUGUUUUGUGGACAGCUUGAUUUCGACAAGCCUAAAACAUCCACGGAAAAGAAACCUAUGACACAGACUGAGUUGACAACAAAUAAACCUGUGUACACGUCAACAAAACAUGUGUUAAAGGAACAAGGGCAGAUAAGUCAAAACGAGGAAGGUAUUCGACGUCUUAACGGUAAAUAUGAGUCGCCAGGUAAUGUUAUGACUCAACUACCGACUGGAUUUAGUACAGGUAUACCGCUAAACGGUGUAGAGAUUAAACAGCACGCGGCAGUCAGUCCUACUCUAGCGUUAUCUCCUAACAUGAUAUAUAACGGCAAUUCUGCUAUGUCGGAUGGUUCCUCUGAGCUUUCUUGGCACGGAUCUUCGGAACCAGGAAACAAUGUAUUCGCCGAAGGUGUUCAGGAACAUGAUCUGUUACAAGUGGAAAUGUUUUAUAGAAGUCAUAAGACUGAAGUGACUGUUGGAAAGUGCCUGGCUAACCUUUAUUUUGGUUCAGCCAAACAGACUGAUGUUGAGAAAUGGGAUUUCGCGAAUACAGGAAUACCGCUUUUAGUGUUGGACACGGGGGAGCAUCAUCGGAAUAGGAAACUAACAUUUAUUCUUGCCGAGAAAGGAACGGGCUUCACAUUAUGGAAGGACUCCAUUGAUCACCUGACAAAAUACUCGAGCCCCAGUUCGAACUUUCAUACCAUGCAUGUGUCGACAGAUCAUACGAAACUAGCUGGUCUUAGUUUUGAUGAUACGAAUGCGGCUUCGGAGUUUUUCAACUUUAUUCAAACAAUAACCGGCGAUCCGGAGGACGAUCUGCUAAACCUGAGUAAAAAGAAGAAGAAAAAGAAAGAAAAGAAAGAAAAGAAACCUAAAUUUAAACCUCCAAAACGAUCGGAUAUAUCUCAACCAUGUUGUUUCGUUCACGUUACGAAAUUGGAACCCCCGGAGUUGAUACCACCGCCAUCCCGAGAUUCCGUGAAUGAACUAUCGGCAAUGAUUUCGAAUAAGUUGGACAUCCCUCGCAGUGAAAGCUCGGAAAUAUCCGAGGAUUCUUCGUCACAUACGGCGUCGGAGAGAUUAUGAAAUUUGAACCACAACAGUUCUGAAGUGAAUAAACUUACAUAAUAUUUUCUUUUAAUAUGGACGGCGUUAUAUUUGGUGCAUGAACUAAACUAUUUUAUGGUUUACGGUCUUUUGUGAUAGUGAUAUUUCUAAAUUGUAUAUACACGUGGGGAAUUACCCUAUCAUAAAUCAAGCAACUAUCGGUGCGAGGAGAACAAAAGUGAAACUAAUGAUAACAAUAAAAAAGGUGCUACAUUACGUCUUAUCCAAUAACAUUGAGAUCUCGAUAAAAAAAAAUACAUGAAACUUCCUUAUCUGACUAAUAAUCGCCAAAAUAUGGUCAAUCCUAAUAUUUGUGCAUUUUUCAUAUUAUGUGGCUCUAUCAAUAAGUGAUUUCUAUGAAACAAUUGCUUCCAGAAAAAAAUGAAUUAGAAAAGAAAUGCAUCGUAUAUUCUAUUGCGAACUUAGUAUAAUACACCUGCGUUCUAUUUUAGUCUGCAAAGUCAUAAACAUCGUGAAGUUUUUGAUGUUUUAUUUGGGUAAAGGAUGGGAUAUUAUAUACUGUAUAUUAACGUAUACGACUGUUUAGACUUAACGCGGGAUAUUUAUACUCUCAAAGUUGAUGGAUUGAGCACUGAAGUUAUAACAAGAAAAAACAUUCAUCAAGCCUAUUACACCAUAAUAAAUACGAUCACAUAACACCUUUUCUCAUUCACGCAUCAUAUCGUCUACUCUAGGUGAAAUGGACCAAUUAUAAUUCUUGUAGCAUCUGUGAAAGGUAUGACGUGAAAGAAUUGAUGGUUAUUAAUAACAGAGGCUAAUUAACAAAAACACUUUGUUUGCCUGAAAUGGAAACACUUACUUCCGUGUAAAACAAAUAUUUACUUACAAUAAAAGAGAAGCAUAAUGAUAGUAUAUCUAUUGUUUACUUAUAAUUACGUAAAUAAAAAGAGAUUAAUUGUUUGAAUUUGAAACGGAUAAUGUAAAGUGUUUACAUGGUGCCAGUGAUACUAUUUCUUAUAUUAUAUGUAUACUAUCUUGAUGGCAUUUUUGUGUUUAUAUUUAUAUAAAACAUUCUGACAAUGGAAUGUCUACAUGUAUACAUUUAUUAUAUAUUACAUAAGGAAUUCUCUAGUCGAAGUUUAAGAAAGGCCAUGCAUGCCUUUCGGGCUUUGUGAAACACCGCUAUUUAACAAACACAGUGUUCCAAAUACUUUCUAAGCAACUUGUAACCGUUCCUCUGCUCAACGUUAAAUCGUUCUCUAUUUUAUCUAGUGUAUAUGCUAACUGUUAUAUAUACAGUGAUUUUAGUUUAUUUUAAGAAAGCGUGUCUAAGUAUAAUAUUUCUGUGUGCCAAACUGUAUUAUACGACGGAUUUAAACAAAAUUCCACAACAAUUUGUUUGUUAUUCUGAAAUGUGCAAGCUUUUAGAAAUAUCUAUUCUAUUUUACUGCCCGUUAUUCUUUUGACGAAAUAAAAUAUAUUAUACAGAA